CGUCGGAAAUGGCCACUGUGAGGAAAAACACACUCGAAUAGUUUCGUUAGCUCACAGAAAGCAGUUUCUGCUUCUCAGAAAGGAGAAACUGUCGUUUAACUAAGAGUUCAGAGGUUUGUGAAGCCCUAUAACCCGCAGGAAAUUAUUUGGUUAAGUGCAGACGGCUUGAAUUAGAGGGACGAGGGAAGAAUAGCCUGCUUUGAAGAGCUGUGCGACAACAGGUGAUAGCUACGGCACCGGAUGGUUUACCUGAGAGACAGAUUUGAACAUUUAUAGUUAAGAGAAGUGACUAAGGAAGACAGUUUUAUAUGGUUAUGUAAGCCUCUUCAAAUUGGAUCUUAUCUAAGUAAAGUAUGUAUGAGGGGAACAGCAGCGGGCCCAUCAGCUCUGAGGAACACUGUAAUGAUGACCCUGUGGGAGAAGCAGCUCUGCCCUCAGAACAACCAACCGAUUCAGACGGCGGAGCUUCAGGCAACAAUGUAAGAAAUUCAGAUUCCCCUAAAAGCAGGAUAGCAAGCCAGUUCCGCUCAAACCUUGAGGAGCAAAUCUUGUCAAGACAUGGCGCUCGACCCGUGUCUCCUGCCCUCAGCGCCUCCUCGCGUAGAUCCAGAUUUCAGAAACAGCUGGAGGAACGGGGCAGCAGCGCCUCCCGCAGACUAUCAGUUGAUGCGUUGGAGAAGGGCUCCCUCACCCCCGCUAUGCGAAAGAAGUAUUUGAAAGAGCUGUUUUUGAAUAAUAAAUCUGGAUUGUCAAGUAUUUUAUCAUCCCAACACAAAUCGUCAGAAGCAGAGGAGGCACCGUAUGGCGACACUUUGAACAGCGGUGCGCAAUGGGCUUUGGAUCCUAUGGAGCACGCCUGGAUGCUUUCUGUUGUGGAUGGAAAUUAUGACACUAUGCUGGAAUUUCUCGCUGAAGAUCCCAGUUUAUUGAGCAGAAAAGACUUUAUCAGUGGUUUUACAGCUCUCCACUGGUUGGCCAAAAAUGGAAAGGACGAGACGCUGAUUCAGCUUCUCAGGCAUGCAGAAAAAGAGGGGCUGUCAGUGAAUGUGAACUUGAGAGGCAGUGGAGGUCUGACGCCUCUUCAUGUGGCUGCCAUGCAUAACCAAUACAUGGUUGUGAAGGCUUUGGUUGGUGCAUUCAGUGCUAAUAUAAAUGUCUUGGACUACAGUGGGAAAAGAGCAUGGCAGUAUCUCAAAGACAAUGCACCUAGAGAAAUGAAGGAGCUUCUGGGAGCUUGGGAUGAUGAACACUCUGUAGGGUACUUGAAUGUGAAUAACAGUGCGAGUCAAGCACAGCCAGCUGAAGACCAUACACAAGAAAAUAGAGUCGAAGUGGACGGUUCAGGAGGAAUCACAAGCCAGCGAUUCUCAUCAUUUAAGAGGCUGUUAUACAACAUUGGUCUCCUUGAAAAUAUCUGAGACUUUGCCAAAAUCAUGUUUUCAGGUCAUUAUUGUUUUACAAUUACAAUUUGUUCCUUUAACAAAAUUUGUAUGGUUAAUAAUGUGGCACCUAUUAACUUGAUAACAGUGCUGUGUAUUAAAUUAAU